GGCGGGCCGAUUCGCGCCGUGACCGCGUCGCUAACAGCAACAGUCGUCACUUUCAACAUCUUCAUUCCUGUUACGUCACGCGACUGACCAGGCCAUUCACCAGCCGCGAUGGACCCUUCUGUACUAUCAGGCGCCCUUUUGUGGCUCCUCCUUCUGGCAGUGUCUCCCAGUUCACAAGGAGACCCUAUAUCUGACCCAGCUAGAGCCUCUCCAGGAUCAGGGCCCAGUGGUGAGACCUUAAGUAGGGCGCAGGACGUCCCGAUACAAGCUCAUGAACCGGAAGAGGACAAACGCGGCUGGAGAGAUCUUCAAGGAGGGUGGGGGAAACGGGGCUGGCAAGAUCUUCAAGGCGGCUGGGGAAAACGUGGUUGGCAAGACCUUCAAGGUGGAUGGGGAAAGCGAGGCUGGCAAGAUCUUCAGGGAGGAUGGGGCAAACGAGGAUGGCAGGAUCUCCAAGGAGGAUGGGGGAAAAGGGGCUGGCAAGACUUGCAAGGAGGUUGGGGCAAACGAGGAUGGCAAGAUCUCCAGGGCGGCUGGGGCAAACGGGGCUGGCAAGAUCUUCAGGGCGGAUGGGGUAAGAGAGGAUGGGACAAGUUCCACGGAUCGUGGGGCAAACGUGACUCCAACCUUGACGUCGACAAGAGCAGCCUGGAGGACUACCUGGCAACAGAGGAUCUAGCUGAAGAUGAGGACAAUGAGGAUAUUAAGAGAGCCUGGAGCUCGUUGAAAGGAGGCUGGGGUAAACGGGCCGCAGACUGGGUUAAUUUUAGAGGUUCCUGGGGUAAACGAGAUCCUGGCUGGAACAACCUGAAAGGGCUUUGGGGUAAACGUGCAGACACUAACUGGAACAGAUUAUCAGCUGCGUGGGGCAAAAGGUCACUCGGAGGAGAGACCGCCAUCAAAGAAGAUUCAGCUAGGGCGGUGUCUAGCUCGGAAGAAUGAGAAGACGUGUAAUUAGGCUGGUCCACUUCACAAUGCUGGAGUCGCUCCAUUCACUUCUAGCAUCUUCACUUGUAAUUAACACACUUGACGGUUAAGACAGCGUUCAUAAAAGGGAACGGCUACUUCGCUGAUUAAUAUUACUUUUAAUGAAACGUUCUGUCUUCUGGAAUUUAAUGGUGUGUAUCCCGGUAGAAGUUAACUGCCCUUACGUAGGAAUGUACUUUCAUCAAACACAGUGUCAAAAAGUUCAUUCCUCCGAAACGUCGGCAAACGUCUCUAGGACUCCACUCACAUCCCAGAAUAUAAUACUCUUCACAGUCAUCGCCUUGAGAACUUCACAUUCAUUUUUUGUAUCUGCUUAUUUUGCAAGAAACAUUUAAAAUUAUGUGCAUCCCUUUUGGGCGAGUCCGAUAAUCACUCUUAUAUAGCGUAGAAAUAAAAUAAAUUUUAUAGGAACAAUUUAUAAUAACAAAGACUUUCACAAAAACGUAGGUAUUAAUAAAACAGGAAUUUUGAUCAAUUCAUGCAGAUGUUAUUUCGAAAAUUACCUUCAUAGUUCUGCUGUAACACAGCACAACCUAUCGCUGCUUUUACGAAAUAUGUUGCGGGAGUCUUCGUGAUUAGGAAAGUAAAUUUCAUUUUGGCUGAAGAGCAGAACAAAUUAUAAUACAAUUAAAUUCAUAUGUAUUUAGGGGUAAAUUUAGCAGCACAGAGGCCAAUUACAAAGAGCGCACGAGUAAAGAACAGAAAACAAAACAGCAAAUCAGAUGAAAACAAUAGAGAAAACAAGGAAAUUUGUAUAACAAUAUUAUUAUUAUUAUUAUUAGCACAAAUCGGAGUUAUCAUUAAGAAGUGAGGGAAGUAAAAUAUAUACAUUUACAAAUAUUUCAAUUAGUAUUUUAAUGACUGGAAGGGCGAUGGAUAGUGUAAAAUAUGACAGUAAGAAAGAAUUUAAGUUUCAAAUAUAUAAGUUUAUAAUAAUAAUAUUAAUUUAUCAAGUAUAUAUUUGCUUGCUUACACAACAGCCCAAACCGAUAAUAAUAAUUCGAUUCAAUUCUAUAUUUAUUAGUGCCGAGUCAACAGUUGCAAGGCAAACAUAAUAACAAUAAUAAUAAUGCUCUGUAAUUGAUAAUAUUUGAAUAGUGGUAAGGUCGGAUAUGCCCUGUGCAUAUAAAUACAAUCGGCUUAUGAAGUUCUUUGGGUAAAGUAGUUAAAUCGUAACAGAACUGCAACUGAAAUAGUCUGAGCCUAAGAUCGAAAAAAUAAUGCAGAAAUUUCUGAAAGAAUGUGAUUUAUGUUCUUUUGUUCCGGGUUAGAAAUGACGCGCAAGUUACAGGAAGACGUCAUAUUCUGGGAAACGUGAACGUGGUGCGUUGUCGCCCGACAAUAACCAUAAUAUGAACAGUCAACCUUAGGACCUGAAGAUUAAUUUCACAAUUAUUUUGAAGCAGUCAACAUUGCCCAAUUAUAGCAUUCAUUCGCCGAACAUUGUUAUUUCGUGUAAUUUAUUUGGGCACAAUGUGAUUUCGGGCUAUUAAACUAUGGAUCUGAUAAAUGAUAUUUGGUAAUAAUAGUUCUACCUCUAUGAAAAUAUACCAGUUCUCUAUUGUAAGAUUUCAUGAAGUUUAGGAAUGUUAUCGCUGUUUACUUCGUCAAUAUAUAAUUUGAAAGAAAGUCAAUCAAAUUAGAGAAUUUAGUUAAUACAAACAUGUAAAUAUUUAAAUUUACCAUCAAUAUCCUAAACAGGAAAACACUUCACAGAAUUAAAUUUACAAAUACGCAACUUUAAAACAGCUUAUACUGUUACAUAUAUAUUGUUACAUGACCGAUUCUGUGGUCUAGUGGCCAGAGUUCCUGGUUACAGAUCCAGAGGUCCGGG